GAGAAAGAGGAAUCAGAAGUUUAGAGUAACAGAACAAACCCUGAGGUCUCAUUUUUCCUCCCCCGGGGGUAUUUCUGGUGACUUCACAAAGGGGAGUGGCAACCUCUCAAAAAAAACACUGCUCUCUUUGAAUCUGUUGCCGAUUCCUUGAUAUUCACAAACCACCAGUGGCGCCCUUUCUCCGCAGGAUCUCCAAAGUGUCUGCGGUCUGUGCGUAAACACAGCGUUGUAUUGGAUUUACGCACCCAAAUACGGAAGGGAAAAUACAUUUUUAGCGUAUUUUGUUUGAGAGACGUCCGAGGGGAUGGGCCAGGUUCUCGGGAAACGCUGCCUCCGUGUAGCUGCUGUGGGUGCUGGGGUUCGGGAGUUGUCCGGCUGAUGGCACACACAGACUGCCGACUGCAGCGAGUCAAACGAGGGGCUCGUCAAACCAGAUGCACUUCUAUUUUCUGUAGACAGAAAUCAUCACAUCGAGUUCCCACCACGGAGGGAUAUGAGAAUGACCCGCUCUCACUGGACUGCCACAGCCGACGACGUGUUGCAAAUACGCGGAGAACCAAGCCGUCAGUGACCGGCGGUUUAAAAAACGACCGUGUGAUUGAUUACGCGCUUUGAUGGCAUGUAUCGUGUUUGCCUGACAGCCGGCAGAUAACCGAGGAAGCUCCUGCUCUUUGAUGUCUUCUCUGGCUUCAUUCAUCCUGCAGUUGUAAUGACGUCGGUGAGGGUUUUAUAAAUCUCUCGGCGACACAUUCGUGAUUUCAUCCCCUCAAGCCCUGAGCCGGUGCCGGGGAGAGCGAGGCUGAGGCGGGUCGGCAUUCGGAAGGAUAUGGGAGAGCGAGCGGAACCAAUGCAGUGGGUCUUGGCAAGGCAUCGUCAAAAUUCAGGGCAGUGAUGCCUGGCAUGGUGAUGUUUCGGCGGCGCUGGUCAGUAGGCAGUGAUGACCUGGUGCUGCCCGCCCUCUUCCUCUUUCUAUUACACUGCAUAUGGUUGGUGGUCCUGUCCGUGGUCCUCUUCGGCCUCCCGUAUGGUUCAGACCAGUCCUGUUCUGUGACACUGGUGGACCAUGGCCGAGGGUACCUGGGCAUCCUGGUCAGCUGCCUUAUCUGCGAGAGCGCCAUCAUGUGGCUGAGCAUGAGCAGCAUUCUGUACACACAGCCCAGGGAAGCUGUGCAGUAUGUCCUCUAUAUACGGCUCGCUAUUCUGUUGGUGGAGCUCGUGUAUGCAGUGGUAGGAAUUGCCUGGCUUGUCCAGUAUUAUCAGCCCUGCUCUGAUGUCACUGCCAAAAACCUAGCUUUGGGGAUUGUUGCAUGCAACUGGCUUGUGAUAUUCAGCGUCUGCAUUACGCUCAUGUGCACCUUUGACCCGACCGGUCGAACUUUUGUCAAACUGAAAGCCACCCGUCGGCGUCAGCGCAACCUCACUACAUACACACUCAGACACAGGCUAGAGGAAGGCCAAGCCAGCAGCUGGAGCAGGAGGCUAAAGUUCUUUAUGUGCUGCACAAGAGCCCAGGAUACACAAUCAGAUGCAUAUUCAGAAGUGGCCAGCCUUUUCGCAGAGUUCUUCAGAGACCUGGACAUAGUGCCUAGUGAUAUCAUUGCUGGUCUGGUACUACUCCGCCAGAGACAAAGGUCGAAGAGAUCUUCUAUCUUGGACCAGGCCAACAAUGACAUUAUCGCCUUCUUAUCUGGAAUGCCUGUCACUCGUAAUACUAGGUACCUGGACCUUAAGAACUCGACCGAGAUGGGCAUGUACAAAGAUGUGUGUUAUUACAUGCUCUUUGCCCUGGCUGCAUAUGGUUGGCCCAUGUACCUAAUGAGGAAGCCUGCCUGCGGGCUGUGCCGCCUCGCCAGCUCCUGCCCCUGUACGUCAGUGUCGGGCUCUCGGUUGUCUCAGACCGUGACAGUGGAGGAGGACAACUGCUGUGGUUGUAACGUUCUGGCCAUACGCAGACACUUCCUGGACAGGGACCUCAAGCAGGUUCAGAUUGUCUACACAUCCUGCCACGAUGCUGUUUACGAGACUCCCUUUUUUGUGGCAGUGGAUCAUGGGAAAAAGAAGGUUGUCAUCAGUAUCAGAGGGACCCUGUCACCAAAGGACGCCUUGACUGAUCUGACGGGGGACUCUGAGCGUCUGCCUGUGGAGGAGCAGCACGGGACCUGGCUCGGCCACAAGGGGAUGGUUUACUCAGCAGAAUACAUUAAGAAGAAGCUGGAGCAGGAAAUGAUCUUGUCGCAAGCUUUCGGAAGAGAUUUGAGUAAAGGCACCAUGCACUACGGGCUGGUGAUAGUCGGGCACUCCCUCGGUGCAGGCACCGCUGCUAUCCUCUCCUUCCUGCUGAGGCCUCAGUACCCCACCCUUCACUGCUACUCUUACUCCCCACCCGGUGGCCUUCUUAGUGAGGAUGCCAUGGAGUACUCCAAAGAGUUUGUCUCUUCUGUGGUAUUAGGAAAAGACCUGGUACCAAGGCUUGGCCUGUCACAACUGGAGGGUUUCCGACGCCACCUUCUGGAAGUCUUACAGAAAAGUAACAAGCCAAAGUGGAGGAUCAUCGCGGGAGGCACCAAAUGCAUCCCCAAAUCAGAGCUUCCAGUCGAGGACGAGGAUCCUCAGUCUCAGCCAGCGGCGCCCCCCAGCAGCCGCCUCUGGCUCCACCCUAGUGACCUCAGCAUUGCCCUUUCAGCCUCCACACCCCUCUACCCCCCUGGCAAGAUCAUCCAUGUGGUGCACAACCAUCCUCCAGAGUCAUGCUGUGGCCAGGAGGACCCCACCUACUCCGCUCUGUGGGGGGACAACAAGGCCUUCGAUGAGGUCAUCAUAUCACCGGCCAUGCUUAACGAGCACAUGCCCCACAUGGUGAUGGAGGGCCUAAACAAGGUCCUGGAGAACUACAACAAAGGGAAAACCGCUUUGCUCUCAGCAGCCAAGAUCAUGGUGAGCCCCACAGAAGUGGACUUGAACCCAGAGACCAUUUUCAUGGAUGCAUCAACGAAUUCUCAUCAGCCGACACCUACAACCCACCACCGCAGGAACAGUAGUGUUCGACAAAAACCAUUAUUACGUUCAUGUGCUCAGUCUGAAAUAUCUCUGGAUGGUUUCUCUGAGUGCCCUCCUCCUCCAGUGCCUGUUGUACUGCGUGGAGCACGGGAACGCCUGACAGUGGAGCUUAGGGACCGCAAAGCGCCGCUGGCUGUCAUGGAAAGUCUCUCAGAUGCAGAAUCCCUCUAUAGUCUGGAUUCCCGGCGCUCCUCAGCUGCGCUAAGGGGCUCGCCAAUGCUGAGUAGCCUCCCUUUCCCCUUGGAUGCCCCAAUCCCAGAGGAGAACCCGUCCCUCAGUUCUCGCACUGAACUACUAGCUGCUGACUGCCUGGCAACGCCAGAGCACCUAGGCGAGGUUGGGCCUUUCUUUACCCCACUGGAAUCUACCCCAGAUUAUCCCAUGCGGCUGUCACCUGCUACCCCACGCUACAGCGGUCACCAUUCCCCAGCUCUGCCAAACCAGAGCGUCUCAGCUCAGCCUUUACAGCCAGAGGUUAACGCCAAUCCAAAAUUGCUUCCUGAUGGAGAUCACCAAGAGAUGCCUGGGGUCUACAGCCCGGGGAGCACUCCAAUCGCUCCCCUCAGCCCAGAGAUUAGCUCAAGACAAAUGGAUAGAGAAAACGAUGACUGGGUGAUGGACACGGUUGAGAAACAGUUUGGUGCAGAGACGGGACCAGCAGCUUCGACUCCUCCAGCCCAGCUAUCGAAUGGAAACCCCAGCCAGGCAGUGCUGGAGUUCGCUCAGUACUUAGACUCUCUUUUCAGAUUGGACGGCAGCAGCUCUCCUCCUCUGGACCUGUCUGAUGGGGAGUCAGAGUCAGGACGGGGCUCAUUCGGGCACGGGGAGUGUCUGGGAGAUGGACAGCAGCUGGAUGACAAACAACUUCUUGCCCGAGCAACACUGGAGCCUAACCUCGUCCCCAAGCCCCCACGCACUUUUGCUGAAUCUGCUGACCCUUCCUCGGGCAUCUCCUUGUCACCUUCCUUCCCUCUCUCAUCGUCAGAGGAGCUCAAUGACCUCUCGCCGGGCGAGGGUAUCCUGCCAGCCAUACACUCCCUACGAACAUCUACCCCCUGCCACUGUCCUGAGGAAAACACGCUAUCCUCUAUGGUGUAGUGUGCUCGCAGGACUCCAGUGUCCUUUGCUGUCUGGAUCGAUAGGUGCAGUGAUUCAAAUGUAAAAACAUAUCACAGUAUAUGCAUGCGAUGGAAUGCAGUCACUCAUCAGAGAUCCAACGGCAGAACUCAACUGACCAACUCACGAACUAUCUCCCAUCUUCAGGUCCCUCCUUUGAACGCUGUUUAUAGCAUUUUCACACUAUUGCAAUGACUAAGAAAAAGAAGAAGAUACCUCUCUCUGCAUGCCAGGGGGCUGUACUGCUUAAGGGUGAAUAUAAAUAACUGUAGCUCUACAAUGCCAUUCCAAAACUACGUCUCUCACCCACAUUGAGACACAUCAGCAGCAUCACAUCACAAAAAUCAAAGGGGAGAAUAGAUACGUGAGCAGGGAUUUCAAACAUUCAAGAAGAGGUUAGCAUAGGCACAUCAUCUGGAUCGAUGCACCCUCAAACUUCCUGCACCCUCAGCAGCUCCAGCUUUUAUUUGAGUUCAUUUUUUUAAAAUCAGGAAUGUGAGGAUCGACGUACUCGUCAAUCAUGAGAAUGAGAAGAUAUAAUGAAAUGUUCCUCAGGUCUCUAAAGAAAUGACUUUGAGAGAGAGUAAGUGUGUUACAUUGGUGAGAAUUCAUGUGUCUUAAAAAAUGUAGUGAUUGUGACAAAGUUAUACAGACGCCUAUGGAUGUUUUUGAGUCUUUGGUUACUCUUUAUAGUGCAUGAAGACGUUUUUUUUCCCUUUAUUUUUAAAGAGAAGCCACUUAGAUUGACAUUUGGAUACUCUUGCACACAUCAUUUUGCUCAAUUCUCCCCCACCCUUUGCCAAAAAAUUAAUACAUUGUAUUGCCAAAUGUAUUUAUGAGAUGUAAUUUUGUAUAUGUAUAUGGAUAUUGCUUUAUAUAAACCCAAGCUACGGUCAUUAUUUCCUUCCCUAGCCAUUCUGUUGGUUCCCAUAUAGACUGUUACACAGCAGCACCACGGAAAAGAUGCCAUGCUGACCUUAAAACACUGCCAUGGCUUUCAUUUUCACACACACAACCUCCAAACCAAUAAUGAACUUGCUAGCAGUUGUUCUAGUAUCAUAACUACUGUUCUUUUCUCUUUGAAGAGCUCUUAGCAAUGUGCUCGGGUCAGGGUCUGCAUGCGUUAUGCACUUCAGAGUAGCAUGGCCGGUAUAGAACAAGUUUUGUCAUUACAUCACAGUAAAUAAGCUCUAAACUUAACCAGAAUUUUAAAUAUGUGUGAACUUUUCAGAGGCCUAUUAAAAAGGCCCAUGUCAGCGGUUGGGACCAAACUGCGUCCUUGGAUAUCAUCUCUCUUGUUCUCAAGGUGCUCUCAGUCAUCAUGGACGUGGUCAAGGUGUUUCUUCCCUUUAAUGUGGUUUAUCUCAAAUAUCAUUGAGGUUGAACUGAAUGAAUAAAUGGACUGGAACAUCAUGUAUGCCAAUUCCUCACACAAUACUCGGCAAAAACAAUCUUCCAUAUCACUCUGGGUGUAACAGGUGGCUCACAAUUUGCAUUAUUUAUUACCGUUAAUGUUGUUAUCACUUUUAUUGCUAUAUUUGAUGGUAUUAUUAUCCUUAUUGCUCUUGCAACAGAUUGGUUUGAUGUCAGUGGUUUUUAUCUGAGUUUUUGGGACAGUGUGGAGAACUUUUUAGACUUUCCCAAAUGUAAGGAGUUAUAUAUUUCAGCUUUUUUUUUCUGUCCAAGUGGCACAAGUAUUUGACAUUCUUCCAUGGCAUGGUGACAAUAUGUUCUUUUACAAAUGUGUCAUAUUGGUGAGACAGGCUGCAGAGUGACAGCCUGCUCACAGCAACCUUUGGUUCAACGCCACCAUCAAGCCUGGAGUCACCAUAGUGAUCUGCAUGGUCUUUGUAUUUGGAGGAAGAUUUGCUGUGGUAACUCAGAGCAAACUGUUCCAGCCAGUUUACAGUCUGCCACUACUCAAGUCACGCUGCCAGUCCUCGUAGUUCCUCAAGAUAAACCAUGAAUGGGCCAGCAAUUUUCUACAUUUCCAGUAGCUUUGCUUGCAGCAGGUCAUACACUAAGAACUGCAGAGUAAUAUUUUCCACCAUAAUGUGUACAGCACCAUCUUCUAUGUGUAAUUAUUUAUGCAGAUGUCAAAAAAGGUGAAUUCCAAUAGCGUCAUGUAGAACUAUAUAACAAUAAGGAGAUAAUGACUAUAAUAAAAGAUAUCAGUAUUGCCAUAUAGAGAAAAAAUCCAUCUUAAAGUUAUUUAUUCAAACUAUUGGCGGAUUUAUAAAUUGGUCUAUAUUGAAAGAGGAAUAAUUCAAUGAUGUCUUGUCCAUGUUUACCUGGUUUGCUUCCCUUCCUCUCCUGCCCCACAAUGCGAAUGUAUUUAGUCCCUCCCCCACACUGCCCUGCCUGUAAUUGAAUAAACUGCAAACUAUGAAAGUAAAUAUAAAA